GCUGCUUCUUGGAGCCGUCGCCUGAGGAAGAUUUACCCCUUCGCUCCAUUACAGCCCGGUUGUUGCCUGCGGCGCUGUGAGGGGAGCCGGGGGAGGUUUCCCAGCCCGCUCCCCCUCUGGGCUUGUGUCUCUGCAGGGAAAUAGCCCUACUUUCCCCAUGCUUCUUUCGUCAUGGCAGUACUCGUGGAGGCAGUUCUACUGCCCCAAGCAGCCGUGGGGUUUGGUGCUGCUGAUAUGCUCCUGGGAGCAGUAGCACUGGUGCUCACCUGUGCUGCUUCUCUCACAGGCCCUUUCAAUAGCAUGGAGGAGACCAUCGACUUUCUCCUUAGUUUGCUGUGGAAAACUGUCAGGGUAGAAGUGGUCUGACCCAUGCCGGCAGGCAGCCUUGGUGCUGUGGGAGAGGUGGAUGCUAAGGCUGACUGGGCUGUAACAGUACUAACAAUAUACUGGCUCUUGAGAGGUUGUCUCUUCAUUUGUGUUGGUUAGUAGUCCGCAGUACUGUCGUAUUGUUGUUCUUCCCAUUGUUUUCUGUCGUGUCUCUUUAAUUUGCAGGUGCAUGUCUUCAGAAACGAGUCCCUCACGUUAAUCAGUUUGAAACACAAGGCACCCCAGGCAUUCCCUGUCUCCUGAAUUUGUCCAGCAGCAAAAAAAAACCCAGCUAGAUUGUAAGCUCUUUGAGGUAGAAACUGUAUGUUUCUAUGGUGUGUGUAUGGUCUGUGAUCUGUCCCUAUCCUGAUGGAGAAAUUUAGCUCAGGCCUUCAUCCAAGCCUCUUGAGUCAAGGACCUAGCUUAGAGACACAGAUGGUGGAAGAUGAAACUGAGACAACAAGUGAAGAAUUGCCUCCUCAUCUGCGGGAAGAGCCUCCUGAAGAUGCCAGCAAGGACCACCCGCAGCAGCAGGCAGGGGUGAUCUGGAGGGUGACGGGCGGCCUGUUCAGCAUCACCCGGGGAGCUGUGGGUGCCACGCUGGGAGGAGUUGCCUGGGUGGGCAGCAAGAGCCUGGAGCUCACCAAGACAGCCGUGACCAGCGUCCCUGCUGCUGGCGUCGGACUGGUGAAGGGCAGCGUCUCGGCCGUGACCGGCGGCGUCGGAGCGGUCGCCAGCAAAGUCCCUUUCACCACAAAGAAGAAGGACAAGGCUGACUAAUCCCCAUCGCGGCUCCCUGCGGGAAGAUCGACCUGCCCAUACUGUCCCCAUACACAGCACCUCUUUGAGUUGGAACCAGCUGCUUCAGGGAGGGUCAAGCACCCGAGCAGACUCCGGCUGCAGCCUGCUCAGCGCUGCCUGCCUGGCUCAGAGCUCACAGAGCCGCUGUCAAUGCCUUUCACUCCCAUCACCUACUGGGAACCAUCUUUACUCCGAGGGCUUUAAAGGCGCCGUUGUCUCUGUCUUGCAGUUUCCUUCCUGCCUCCUUGUUCUUGUAAGCACAGAGGGGUGGGAGCGGGUGUCAGGCUCCAUCUGCCUGGAGAUGGGGGAAGUAACAGAGGAGGGGGAGGAACUGUGCCUGGCUUGAAGUGUGGGCUGUGUAUUCCCAUUCAGCUUCAGCUGGGAGGACAUCCUCUGAAACACCCCUUCCCUUGGCUCUGGGGGGUGUGUUUUGGGGAUCUGCUUGGCAGAGAACCAUAGAAGAAAGUUCCAUUGUCACAGAGGGAAGAUACUGUGAAGAGGGGGAAACUUCCCUCCUGCCCUGCACCUCUUACCUGCUCUUUGCAGGGCCCAUCCCACAAGCUGCACCCAGUCACUUACUCCUUGGCUGAAUUGCACCCUUCAGAGAAGGAACCCUCAAGCUCAGCAGAGCAGCUCCAGGGAUCACAACUCACAGGAGUAUGAUAUGUCCCAGGCCAUCAACUUCUGCAUAGACUUUAUUGGAGAGAGGCAGUAGGGUGAAAGCUGCUGUAUGUUCCCACUGGGGAAGGAGCUGACAGUGGCAUCUGCCAGGCCUCUGUGAUGCUGCAGUGCAGGUGGUGAUGCUCCACAGAGCUACCAGCCAGCCCUUUGGGUUUGACCCUUGAAGUCCUUGCAGGUUCUCCACCUGCAACAGAGGCAUUUGGGCUCUAGGCCACACUCUCCCUCCACAGACAUCGCUAGGAGCCAUAGGCAAGCAUGUUCCCAAACACCACCCAAAUUCUGCUGCAGCAAGGGAUGGGAGGCUGAGAGUGUUGCUCUGCCCAUCACCCAACACCCUGGGAGCAGUGGCCUGGGUUUGAGAGGGCUGCACCAUGAUGGAGGAUGCUCCAGCAGCAUCCAGCCUGCACAGGGCACCAGCAGCUCUUCCACACGCUGCUCCUGGGGCUCCAGCCUGGCUCCUCUAAAUGACCAUGUUGCACUAAAUGCCCCACCAGCACUCGUAGUGCCGCAGAAACCCAGACACCUGCAUCCCUCUGGGGGUCACAGCCAUCCUCAGCCUGGCCUGUGAUGCUCAUCACACACACGUGCACAUACACAUUCACUCACUCCAAGGUCCCCUGUAAUUCUGGGGAUGAGGAAAGCCACAGGCUCCACCGUUAACUCUUCUCCUGGCUUUGGCAGGUGAUGAGCCUGGUGUUAGGUGUUGGAUGCACAGGCGAGUGAAGUGCUGUAUUUUAUAUAUAUACAUCCGUGUUAAUGCGUGUGUCAGUCCACAGGCAUCUCUUCAGCCAGGGAAACAAAACAAAGGAGUUUCCACUGUCAUCUUAGGCACUUCCAUACAGGUUUUCUAUAGGGUCCUGGUCAAAACAGAAGGCAUAUUUUAGAGGAUGUUUUCCCCUCUGUUGCCCAAGUGCGUAGUUUAUUGAAACCAAAGGAAUGUGAAGAAUCCCCUUGCCCCUGUCUGUGCGGUUUGUUUGGUUUCUGCCCUGUCUUCUGGAUAUUGAAGCCAACUUCCUUGAUUUUCAUUUCCCGUCGGAGGUCACUGCGCUUCCUGGCUGCUCUCUUGUGCUUAGGACUCGGACAUCAGGGAAUAUUUAAGUACACUGCCCCCCCCUCACCAUUUUUGCUGAGUGUUCUUGGGCUUGUGAAGCAGUUUUCAUUCUGACCUUCAUUAAAUCCACAUUUCGGACCUGACGUAAGUCACUGUGUCCUGUGCUGGUGUUAGUUUCUCUCCAUACCCUUUGCUGGGUAGUCCCUGCUGUUAGCAGUGGAAAGAAGUUGCUGCUCUCCACAGUGUGUGACUCUGGCUAGCGUGAGCGUGGUUUAACCUACAUCUUUGUUUCUGAAGAGGAAACAGCAUUUGCCAUGUGCGUGCGUUUCCUCGCUUUGUCUCUUUUGUGCUGGUGAAGGCCAGGUUGACCCAGACGUGUCGGGUUUGUCUCUGAAGGCAGCAGCCUCACUGAAGGAUCAGUCCUUGAUGUGUGCCUGUGCUUUGUGGGAUGCUCGUGGCAGCUGGCAAGGCCAGAAGAAGUCUUGUGUGUGCUUCCUUUGUCUCGAACGCCCUGCAGACCAGGAGCAGGGUUUGCUGUGUUUGCGUCUCUGCUCCCUGCUCCUCCUGAGCACAUCUCAUUGCUUAUUCCAGAUCACAGGCUGCUCCUGAAGCGAGCUCUAACCCCAGAGCUAAAAGCUGCUUGUGUGUAACUAGCUGUGCUGUCACCAGCCCUCUGAGAAAGACAGUUCCUUACCAAUUAGGACAGAAGACAGUUUUCUUCCUGACUGCCUCUCCCAGCCCUUGGACACAAGAUAGUAUCUGAGGGGCUUUACUUUACCAGCCACCCCUGGGCGGGUGAUGGGAAGCUCAUAAAAGCAUGGAAUGGUUUGGGUUGGAAAGGACCUUAAGAUCAUCCAGUUCCAACCCCCAUGCUAUGGGCAGGGACACCUUCCAUUAGAGCAGGUUGCUCCAAGCCCUGUCCAACCUUCCUUGAACGCUCAUGCUUUUGGAUAACCAGUAUCCCACACAGGCUCUUGCUGGGGGAGGCAAUACAUCCUUCCCAAGCUGUUGUCUGCAGGUGCUGUGUGUGCAGAGCAGGCAUGGCAAAUGGGAUAAAGAUGCAUUAAGGAAGGCCAUAGGAGUCCUGAGGGUUUCCCAUCUUUUUGUGUCAGCUCUUCUGUGCAUCCUUGCAGUAAAUGGAGUGCAGCUCUCCACUUGUCUGGAACUAAAGGCAGUUAGUACAAGGAGGAUCACCAGGUUUCAGGUGAGAGUGAGAUGAGGAGGGGCUGGUGACAAGAGGAGGCAAGGAGCAGGAGAGCAAGAAAAGGGGGAGUGGAGGGAAUUUGUUUCUUAGGACAGGAUCUGCAUCAUAGGAUGAACAUAGCAGAGUUUGUCCUAGGGAAGAGUACAGAAAGGGAAGUGGGGUUUGGGGAGGAGGUGCUGCUCCAUGCCCAGCUGGUGCCCUGCUUCCAUAGUAGUGCUGAUUGCUGGGGGUUUCCAUGUGGAUAGAGCAGUGUGCCCAACGGAUGGUCCAAGCACCAGGUCAGCUCCCUCCUCACCACCCCAGAUCUCCCCCUGGCUUUUGUUAUGACCAUCCCAUGGUGGGGCUGGGUCUUCCCUAUGGUGGAGGUGGGAUGUGGCCCUACCCGUAGCCCUGUGCCCUGCCACAGCCGGACAUUCCCCAUGCCCAAGGAUCAUGACCUGGAUGAGAGGAGAGCUCACAGGCACAUCCUCUCCUCCCUUUACUCAUCUCAUUAUUCUUCACUUUCUUUUUAAUCCCUCCCUUUGCUUUCUGUCCUGCCCCUGGAUGGAGCUCUCCAAAGCUCUCACCCAGACCCUUGUUACACAUCCUCACUCGUGUUGGCUGGGAGGGCAGAGCCGCAUCUGUCCCCUGCAGCUCUGCUGGCUGGGAGAGAAGUACUCGUCUUCCACCCCUCUCCAUCCCCUUGUGAUGUGUGUGUGGAAAAUCCUAACCCACUUCAUUUCCUCUGGGUUCCCCCAUUGGCUCUCAUCCCUCAGGGUGGGUCAUUUCUGUGUCUCCAUUUCAAACCCAUCCUUCUGAAAACAACAGCGUGAGUGGGAACGUGGAGAUGGCUACAGAGCUGCUGGGACAGAUGCCAGAGCCCAGCUCUGCUUCUCCGGGAGCCGAGGAACCCUUUGGCAACCCAGAUCCAUCACUGCGGCCACGCAGUCCUGUGCACGGCGCUGGGCUCUGGAGAACACUCAUGUUCUUUAUCAUUUCAUCGUCUGUAAUUGGUUUCCUACUGAAUUUGUUUGCUUGGUUUGUUUUGCAGUGUGUUCCUGGGAAUAUUCUGCAUCUCUGUAUUUUAAUUACAGUAAAAUUUGAGGAUAAAAA